AAAGGCUAUCGUCACAUUUGUUAAGACUCUAAUGUCAUUGAUAGAAUCCAAGUCUACCAAGCUUAACUAGACGAACAAUUGGCACUGUCGGAAUUUGGCUACUGCCAAUGUUAAUACUUUCAACUGUCGGCCCAUCCGGUCAUAAUGAGGCUAAGAAAUCAACAGAGUUUGAUGUUCCCUGGAGCUGGAAGCAAUUUGAAAGGAAAGACCAGCAUAACGGCCAGGAUAUCAAUACAUUAUUUAAGCAGUUAGACGACCUCGAGCAGAUGGAGGAUAGGCCCGGAGAUCCUGCCAAGUUUCUAUAUCCCAGCAGUUCCCAGACCUACAUUCAUUCCGAAAGCUUGCCAGUUGGAUCCGAGACACACAAUCUAAAGCAGAAGCAGAAGCAGGAUAAAAAUCAUGAGUUAUUUGACCCAUUGGACUUGGAGAUAUUGAAUGCUGCAGGUGUGGGGGACUCCGAACAGGUAAUGAGCUUCCAGCGUACCAAUGAUUGGGAAGGGAAAUCAUCUGAGGGUCAGUUCAAUCUACCGCCCUCAGGUACUCCAAAGUCGAAGACUGGUCUCAUCGAUACAACGACUCCUCCACCUACCCAAACAAUAGCAAUCAUUCGUUCCUCCACCUUCUGUAUACCGGACUCCACGCCUUUUCGUCCUGUCACAACCAAGUGUCCAGCUCCAACAACUCUACCGACUCCAACAACUCCAACAACUGUACCAACUCCAACAACUACAACAACUUCAACAACUCCUCCAACUCCACCAACAAUUCGAACAACUCGUAAACCUUCGCCGCCUUCGAUACCAACUACAAAAAAAGUCCAAUUUGGUCCCAAGGGUCGCAAGAAAUCAAAACACCUGUCGGCGAAAACGGCCAAGAUUUUUUUGGAAAUUAUUUUGUCCACGAAGAAACAAGUACUUUCAGUACUUAAAACCCUAAACUACAUGGAGAUGGAGGUGCUGAGUCAGUCGCCCGAUGACUGUCCGCUGCCAGACUUCGAGCUAGGACAAUCCAAGUUGAAGAAGAAGCCUAAUAAGCAAAAGGAGACCGCUAAACCGCUAAAACCCUCUUCCUCGUCAUAUUCCCAGGCCUUCUUCUUUGGGAUUCGACCUGCCAGCCAAAUGGAAAGUGACUCUGACAUCGCAUUGGCGAGGGAGGAGGAACUAAAGCUAAAGAAUCGUGUGUGGGAGGAGUAUCAGCAGCAGAUGAGGGACAUACCGCAUUGUAAGUCAAGGAGGUUUCAGAUGGCUCCACAGGCCCCCAUUCGACUUGCGGCCAUAUGGGAGCCUAAACGGCCACAGGAGCAGAAAAAUCAAAUCAAGUAUCUUCGCAAUAAGGACACCUCCGAUUUUGGUGACACUUGAAAUGCAGCUGGCUGUAAGAAAGGUCAUUCAAAUAUACACAUUUAUGGCCUCAAGACACGCUGCAGACUGUAAAUAAUAAAUUAUAAUAAACAAAAAAGAAGGGUAGCCUUUCCUAG